ACGUAUUUCCUGUGCGACACAAAAAAAAGAUGGUGGCGGUUUCGUCGUGCACUUACAGUUAGCUUAUUAAAUGAAUUAUUCUAAAAUAUUCCAACUUUUAAGGAAAAUAUAUUUGUAAUAGACAUAUAGAGAAGUUAGUCUAUCUUCCAGGGUCGUACCUUCUUUCGUUCAUUGUAAAGCAGCCGUGCCAUUUGAAGCAUGUCGGAUGAGGACGAAGCCCCUUUGGUGAAAAAAGCUCGAAUCUUCUAUGGAAGUAUUGAAGAAAAGGAAAGGGAGCGUCUUGCUCGUGAUGGAACCAUUUCAUCAGAGAAAGAUGCGCUUAAGGCUGGAAUUGAGGCUGGGAAUAUUAACAUCUCCAGUGGUGAGUCCAUGGAGCUGGAGGAGCGAGUGAGCGACCGGCAGGCUGAGGUACUGGCUGAAUUCGAGCGCAGAAAAAGAGCCCGACAAAUCACAGUCUCUACCGAUGACACCGAAGUCAAAGCGUGCCUGCGUGCCCUCGGAGAGCCGAUCACAGUGUUCGGCGAGGGCCCCGCCGAAAGGCGAGAGAGGUUGAGGAAUAUUUUGUCAGUAGUGGGUCUGGAUGCUCUGAAGAAAUCGAAAAAGGAUGAAGAGAAAGCCAAACGUUCCCAAGAGGACUCUCAGCAGACGUGGUACCACGAGGGUCCCGACACGCUGAAGGAGGCACGAAUCUGGCUGGCCAAAUAUUCACUGCCAAAAGCUGUGAAGAGACUGGAAGCUGCACAGGCUCAGAGAGAGAUUCCAGAAUCUACACGCACCGUACGACAACAAGAGCUUCACAAGACGCUCAGGAACCUGAAUAACUUCUGCAGUCAGAUCGGAGACGAUCGUCCGAUAUCCACCUGCCAGUUCAGCCCCAACUCCAAACUGUUAGUCACCGCAUCAUGGAGCGGUCUGUGCAAACUCUGGAACAUUCCAGACUGUAGUCUCGUCCGCACGUUAAGAGGUCACAGUACCAACGUUGGAGCAGUCAGCUUCCAUCCACAAGCCACGCUCACGCUUGCCGAGUCAGAUGUCAACAUGGCCUCUUGUGCUGCCGACGGAUCUGUUAAGCUGUGGAGUUUAGACAGUGAUGAGCCUGUCGCAGACAUCGAGGGACACUUCAUGAGGGUGGCUCGCGUAGCGUGGCAUCCUUCUGGUCGCUUUCUGGGCACGACAUGCUAUGAUAACUCAUGGCGUCUGUGGGAUUUGGAGGUCCAGGAGGAGAUUCUUCACCAGGAAGGCCACAGUAAAGGUGUCCAUGACUUGCAUUUCCAUCCUGACGGCUCCUUAGCAGGAACUGGUGGUCUGGAUUCCUUUGGUCGCGUAUGGGACCUGAGGACCGGUCGCUGUGUCAUGUUCCUGGAGGGUCAUCUCAAAGAGGUUUACGCAGUCAACUUCUCCCCAAAUGGCUUUCACGUGGCUACGGGGAGUGGCGACAACACAUGUAAAGUGUGGGACCUGCGGAAGAGGAGGUGCAUUUACACCAUCCCCGCUCACCAGAACCUGGUGUCCUCCGUCAAGUUCCAGCCGACAGACGGCCAUUUCUUGCUAACGGGUGCUUAUGACAACAUGGCUAAAGUGUGGACUCACCCUGGAUGGUCUCCUCUGAAGACCCUGGCAGGACACGAAGGCAAAGUGAUGGGACUGGACAUGUCUCCUGAUGGACAGCUCAUUGCGACCUGCUCGUAUGACCGCACCUUCAAACUCUGGGUGGCCGAUUGAGGAGGAUGGAGUGGUCUGUUUGUGUUUGAGGAUGCCGGAGUGUGAUUCAGGGUGUUUUUGAUAACAGUUUAGGGGGGGAGAACAGCCUACAGCUUGAGUUUCUGAAUCCUUAAGUCAUUUAACCCAAAAACACAUAAGUUAGUUCAGACCUUAGACUUAUUUUGCAAGAUUUAUUCAGGCUUUUAUGUCCUUCCAUUGAUCUUUUUGUUUUUAUUAAAAACAUUAAUACA